CUGAGCUGUGGCUGUGUGCAGAGAGGCUGCGAAUAAAACAGAUGUGUUUGUUAUAAAUUUCAGGGCUGUCUAGACUUUCCUUUACAAAAGUGGACAUUUGAGCUUAAAUCUGGAAUUUUCUUUAGUUUGUUAUUUUUUUUCCAACUAAUUCUGUAAGGUGGCUGUGAAGUAGUACAAACAAGGAGAGAUGAAAUGGAGAAGUCAAAGGAACAGGGAUCGGUGAAAGAUGAGGACCAGUUUUAUCAUCAGGGUGCACUGGAGCUGCUGGUCUUUAACUUUUUGCUCAUCCUUACAAUACUCACUAUUUGGCUGUUUAAAAACCAUCGAUUCCGCUUUUUGCAUGAAACAGGAGGUGCCAUGGUUUAUGGUCUUAUCAUGGGAUUAAUUUUACGAUAUGCUACAGCACCAUCUCAUUUUGAAAAUGGAGUAGUCUAUGACUGUGAGAAGCUGAAGGCCGGUUUGCCCACUCUGCUUAUCAACGUAACAAAUCAAGUGUACGAAUAUCAAUACAAAAGGGAAAUCAGCCGGCAGAAUGUCAAUGCACACCAGGGCAAUGCAAUGCUGCAAAAGAUGACUUUUGAUCCUUCAAUCUUCUUCAAUGUUUUAUUACCUCCCAUUAUAUUUCAUGCAGGAUACAGUUUAAAGAAAAGGCAUUUUUUUCGUAACUUGGGAUCAGUUUUAGCAUAUGCCUUUUUGGGGACUGCCAUCUCUUGUAUUGUUAUAGGGGUGAUUAUGUAUGGCUUUGUAAAGGCGAUGGUCCAUGUUAAUCAGCUGAAGAACGGCGACUUCCAUUUCACCGACUGUUUAUUAUUUGGUUCUCUGAUGUCCGCUACAGAUCCAGUGACAGUCUUGGCGAUCUUCCACGAGCUUCAUGUUGAUACAGAUCUUUACACUCUCCUUUUUGGUGAAAGUGUCCUAAAUGAUGCUGUGGCUAUUGUCCUCACACAUUCGAUAUCAAUUUACAGUCCCAAAGAGAAUCCCAAUGCUUUUGAUGCUGCUGCCUUCUUCCAGUCCGUGGGGAAUUUUCUUGGGAUCUUUGCUGGAUCAUUUGCUAUGGGGUCUGCCUAUGCAGUUGUCGCUGCUUUGUUGACAAAGUUUACCAAGCUGUGUGAGUUCCCCAUGUUGGAAACUGGCCUGUUUUUCCUUUUGUCAUGGAGUGCCUUCUUGUCUGCUGAAGCUGCUGGUCUUACGGGGAUAGUGGCAGUCCUUUUUUGUGGAGUAACACAGGCCCAUUAUACAUACAACAAUCUGUCAACAGAAUCUAGAAUGAGAACUAAACAGUUGUUCGAGUUCAUGAACUUUUUGGCUGAAAAUGUUAUCUUCUGUUAUAUGGGAUUAGCAUUGUUCACAUUCCAAAAUCACAUCUUCAAUGCACUGUUUAUAUUUGGAGCAUUUGUGGCAAUUUUCAUAGCAAGAGCCUGUAACGUAUACCCAAUUUCUUUCAUUCUCAACUUGGGCCGAAAACAAAAGAUUCCUCAAAAUUUUCAACAUAUGAUGAUGUUCUCAGGUUUACGUGGUGCAAUAGCCUUUGCACUAGCUAUACGAGACACGGAAUCUCAGCCCAAGCAAAUGAUGUUUACAACUACCUUACUAAUUGUGUUCUUCACAGUUUGGGUACUUGGAGGAGGCACUACACCGAUGCUUACAUGGCUCCAAAUCAGGGCUGGUGUAGAUCCAGAUGAGGAUCUGAAGACUGAAAGUGGUACUCAGGCUGCAAGCAACCUAGAUAAAAAUACAACGAAAGCAGAAAGUGCCUGGCUCUUCAGAAUAUGGUAUGGUUUUGACCAUAAAUAUCUGAAGCCCAUUCUCACCCAUGCUGGGCCACCACUUACUACAACUUUACCUGAAUGGUGUAAUCCUGUGGCCAGGUUAUUGACUAGUCCACGAGCAUAUGGGGAGCAACUGAAGGAUGAUGAUGCGGACUUUAUCAUCAAUAAUGAUGAACUGACUCUGAAUAAUGAAGCCUCAGCCCUUCCACCAAUGCCAGCACAAAUAAGAUUAGGAUCAACCCAUCCUGCAGAUGAAGGAAAUAUUUAUGAAGGAGACCUUGGUUUAGGAGGAUAUGAACUCCAGCCAGAACCCGCAUCAGGUCAAUCUCGGAUGGUUUCCUCACACUAAUAUUCAGUGAAUACAUGUAUUGUGAGGAUGAUGGGGAACACAGAAGCCAUGUUUAUUAUGCAGAGCUUUCCAGAAGCCUGAAAAUGUAUUAAGGGCAUCAACUGAAAAGAAACAAAACCUUGCUGAAUCUAUAGCUGAGCCUGAAGGAAUGAAAAUUUAUUACCAUCCUUAUAUAUAAUACAACUACAUUUGAUUUUUCUGACAGUGGCAAUUUUUAAUAAUGGAAUUGAGGGCACCGUCUGUCUGCUACUGGGACAUUACAUAUGCGCUCCUACUCUCUGAUCAUGCUUCAUCAUCUCCGUUCCUAUCUCACAAACGCACAAAGCCCUUUGAAUGCUAUUCUUCUAAUUAAUUCAAGAGAGAGGGAAGGAUGGGAAUUUAGUUAACGAGUACAUGCUCCACAGAUCACAGACACUGCAAUACUGUUCCUCCCUUACCAAUAGACUGCCUUAUGGGGUAAAAUGGACAGAUAUUCUUUUUUUACACUCUAGAGGGGAUUUCCCUUUUCUCACUGUUGUUACAAACCCGUGUGAGUCUUUCAGUCUGUGGCAGUUUGCCUUUACUAAUGCAGCUCAUAAAACUGAUAUAUGAGCUGCUGAAACUUAAACAAAUCAAUAGCGGGGCCUUGAGAUUAUUAUUUUGAUUGAGCAUGAUCACACAUAUAGAUAAUUAUGUUUUCCCCCAAUCCAUUUGUUCAUAGUUGAGUAUAUAUUGUUCAUUACAUGUAAGACACAAAAUUCAUUUGCCAGCUUUCAGGGAUGUUGACAAGCCUUUGGCUCCAAGUCCCAAGUCUGACUCCCAAGUCUUUGGUACCAAGUUCUGAGUCCCAAGUCCAAGUCGCUAAUAGAAACAAGCUUUUUUCCCAGGAAAAAAGGGAGAGGUGGGCGGGUUCCAAGUCAUGACUCAAGUCCGAGUUGAGUCACCAGGGCAACUUAAGUCUGACUUGACACUGCGUCUCAUGACUCAAGUCCCCAUCUCUGCCAGCUUGAUGCAUUCUUUCAUCAGAUUCCCUACUGUUAUGCACUUACUUUAGGAAUGUGGGCUGAGAAUUGGGCUAAGUGAAGAAAGGGAGAGAGAGAGAGAGAGAGAGAGAGAACAUAAUGUAUAAGACUUUUAAAACAAUGUAUGCAAAAUCUUAUCUAAGGGCAUAAAGAAGGAAAAGAAAUAGACCUUGAUACAUAACCACUCUGCAUGUAGCAUGGAACAAAGGUCACCUGAAUCAUGAGCACAAUGAUACUGCUGCUCUCACCCACAUUCCAGGAAGCUUUGUGGUGGUGCAUCAAUGAAUAGUUUGUGGCCGUGAACAAGAACCACUUGUUUAUUGCAUAAUAUGAUACAGAUAGGGAUGAAGUAGGAGAAGAGUGCCGUCAGAGUCAAGAUGGUUACUAAAUAAAUGUGCACAAGGCUGCUAGAUGGCUUCCUAGAUAAGACUGAUACCUUUAAGAAGCACAGAGUGGACAGCCUUUCGCCCCCCCCCCUUUCACAGCUGUUCAACCCAGACACAAACCAGCAGGUUUUCAUUUCACAGGGCAUCAAAACUAUCAUCUCCUCAUUUGCCGGUUUCUUGACAGCUGUUGUUUAAAAUGCACGCCAUUCGUUGCCCUGCUUCUAUGCAUGUUAAUCUCCUUUGGAAUCCUCGAGACCUAUAGUUUUGACAUCAUCUUUGGUACUCAUUAUAUUUGACUCCACCAUUAUCAAAAGUACCCAAACAUAUCUAAUUGCUUAUUGGUGUAUUUUGUACUGUUGUAUUAGUAUUUUGGCUUACAUAUGAUAUUUGUACAGUUUUUCAAAAAGUUAAUCUUCAGUGGAACAGGAAUAAGAAGGAAACAUAGAAGCAACCACAGGAAUAAGAAGGAAGCAUUCUACCUGUAGGUGAGGAAGGGAAUAAUCUAUCAAUUUCACUUUUCUCCUGCAUCUGAAUUUUUUAAAAUCUUGUUUCUUUCACUCCUGAACAUACGAUUUUCAAAAUUUUCAAAAACAAACUGGAAUUCGAUUUCCCAUUGUUUUCACAAAUUCCUAUCUGCAUGUGAUUGUCCUCACCAUAUAUUUCUAAUUUAUUGGGCUUUCAUACAAACCUCUUUAGCCAAAUGAACAGAAAGUAAGAUGUUUGCAUUUUUGCAAUAAAGUUUUCCAAACUUAUACGCAUGAAGAUUUUAAAUACUAUCAAUGCAGAUCUCAUCUAUUAAAUCUAUAUGUUGCAUCAUAUACUUCAUCUCUAACUUACAACAACAAUCUAACACAAGCAAGUGAUAGAGUUGUCUCUAAGGAGUCAUUUUAGCUUUUUAGUCAGUAUUACUAAAUGAGUUAGCAUUGCUUACUUAAUCAUCAGUGUGAGAUUUUAUUGGACAUAUUGCAAUAUUGCAAUAUUGCAAUAUGUCCAAUAAAGUGUGUAUUCAAAGGCCUAUCUCUAUGAAUAUAUCCUAGCACUAUUACACAACUUUAAGUUCAAGAAAUGAACUGAAAUUCAGCUGAUUUAUUUCUUUUCCCAUAUGAGAUUUAUUGAUUGUUUUGUGUGUUUGUGUUUGUAUCUGCAUAUAACCCUAAGGGCAUUUACCAGUUGGACAGUCUACAGAAAUAAAGAAAUAAACAAGCAAUCUGUUCCAUAGAAAA